AUGGACACCAAAAGAGUUCUUGGGUCAGAUUGUAUCAAAAGAGGUCUUUCUAAAACCUGGUUCUCCUCCUGUAGUGUGGUAGAAGAGGAGACACGGCGGUCCCAGCAAGCAGCUCGGGAUAAGCAGAGUCCCAGCCAGGCCAACGGCUGCAGUGACCACAGGCCCAUCGACAUCCUGGAGAUGCUAAGCAGAGCCAAGGAUGAGUAUGAGAGGAAUCAGAUGGGCAAUUCAAAUAUCUCCAGCCCUGGGUUACAGCCAAGUACUCAGAUCUCCAAUCUGGGAAGCACCGAGACUCUAGAAGAGACGCCAUCCGGGUCCCAAGAUAAGUCUGCUCCAUCUGGACACAAACAUCUGACAGUGGAAGAAUUAUUUGGAACCUCUUUGCCAAAGGAACAGCCAACAGUUUUGGGUCUGGAUUCAGAAGAAGUGGAGAAGCUGCCAGGAGAUGCCUCCCAGAAAGAGCCCAGCUCAUUCCUACCAUUUUCCUUUGAGCCAGGAGGGGCCCCUCAGUCGGAAAACCUGGGUGCCCAUCCUGCUGCCCACCACUCAGUCCAGCCUGAAGUCACCACCCCGGUGCUAAUCACUCCUGCCUCCAUCACACAAUCCAGCGAAAAGCAGGCCCCAAGCUAUGCGAUCCCGUUGCACCCUGUGCUUAGUCCUACUCUACCAGCAGAAGCUUCUACUGGACAGGCUCCCCCAAGCCUACCCCGAAACACCACCAUGAUGCAAGCAGUGAAGACCACACCUAGACAGAGGUCUCCACUUCUGAGUCAGCCAGUCCCUGAGCUGAGCCACACCAGUCUGACUGCCAGCCAGAGCCCAUUCAGGGCCCCGCUGAGUGUGACAAACACAGCCGGUACAUCCCUCCCAAGCGUUGAUCUUCUCCAGAAACUCAGGUUGACCCCACAGCAUGACCAAAUACAGACACAGUCACUUGGGAAAGGUGCAGUGGCACCCAGCUUUACUGCAGCAGCUGGCCAGCUGGCCACGCCUGAGAGCUUCAUAGAGCCUCCCACGAAGACAGCAGCAGCAAGAGCCUCAGCCUCCCUGAGCAACAUGGUGCUUGCUCCCCUUCAGUCUAUGCAGCAAAACCAGGAUCCUGAAGUUUUUGCCCAGCCUAAGAUGUUAUCCAGUGCCAUCCCGGUAAGGAUUCCCUUUUUCUGAAGAGCACAGUAUGUUUAAGUUCUUCUGCUGAGUGUGAAGUAAAACAUUGUCACUUGAGUGAAAAGUUUUAGCUUUCAAGCCUAGGCCCAUCUUAGAUGCCCCCUCCUGCUCCCCUAGGCAGAGUCAUUGCUGUGGCCUCUGUAGGCCUCAAGGCAUCUGUCUGCAGUGAUGUCUUCCCUGACUGUGUGUAUGGGAGGGCAGGGUGGGCCACAGCAGGGGCACUCAUUCAGUGUUUGUGAAUGGGCGACUGCUGAGAGCAAGUCAGCCUGGUCCCUGUGAGUAGGAGAUUGUCUUUGCCCUGGAAGAGCUGUGGUGUCUCAGUAAACAGAGGGCAGCAUCACUAUGCUGCUCUCAUUGG